UUUUUGUUGCUUUAAACAUUCAUCGAUUUUUUCAUUUUUUAAAAAUUUGCGUUCGGAUUCGUUAUUUCGUCAUUCUGAAAUAGGAAGCGGUUUCAAUUUCAGAUCUUCUCAUGCUUCUGCAUCAAGCAAGAUCUUUUCAAUAUUUAAACAAAGGCAGAGGCAUUGACAUGUCUUAAUUAUUGAGGUUUCUGAAAUAUUUGGGGACGGAGAUGAAGCUAGCUGCUCUGUUGACUUCUGCUGGUAUCAAUACUGCAGUGAGCGUAGUGCUGUUCUCCUUGUAUUCGGUUUUAAGGAAACAACCAAGCUUUGUCAAUGUUUACUUUGGCGCGAAGAUUGCUCAGGUAAGAUCAAGACAACAGGAUGCCUUUCGGUUUGAUCGAUUUGUUCCUUCUCCAAGUUGGAUCCUAAAGGCAUGGGAGACAUCUGAUGAAGAAAUAUGCGCUACUGGUGGCUUGGAUGCAGUGGUAUUCGUGCGGAUGAUUGUUUUCAGUUUCCGAAUAUUCUCCAUUGCAGCCAUUGUAUGCAAUUUUCUUGUGCUCCCACUUAAUUAUUUUGGAAAAGAGAUGCAGCGUCACCAGAUUCCAGCUGAGACAUUGGAGGUAUUCACCAUUGCGAAUGUUGAGGAAGGAUCCAGAUGGCUUUGGGCUCACUGCCUUGCGUUGUACCUCGUAUCUUGCUGUUCUUGUUUUCUUCUAUACCUUGAGUACAAAAGCAUUUCAAGGAUGAGGCUGGCUUACUUUACUUCAUCUGUUUCCAACCCAAGUUAUUUCACAGUUCUUGUUCGUGCCAUCCCAUGGUCGCGAGAAGAAUCAUACAGUGGAACAGUGGCAAGAUUCUUCACAAAUUUCUAUGCAUCAAGUUUUUUAUCUCAUCAAAUCGUUUAUCGAUCUGGCUCUGUUCAGAAACUGGUGACUGAUGCAGGGAAGGUGUGCAAGAUGCUAAAACUGACGCCUAGGGAACUACAUAUUGGAUCAAAUUCCAUGAGAUGUGGUCUUUGUGGAACAACAGCAUCGUUCAGCAUGCUUCCCAUGGAUGCGGAAGGUGACAAAGGAAGAAGUGAUUUUGGCGGUUCAGAUUUGAGGAAAAAGGAGUCUGCAGCUGCUUUAGUUUUUUUCAGGACUCGCUAUGCUGCUUUGGUUGCUUCUCAGAGCCUUCAAUCUCGAAAUCCUAUGUCAUGGGUCACAAAUCUUUCUCCAGAACCAGGUGAUAUGUAUUGGUCAAACAUUUGUGUCCCAUAUAGACUCCUUUGGAUCCGCAAAGUAGCUAUUCUUGUGGCCUCGAUGGCUUUGGUGGCAUUUUUCAUUGUGCCUGUUUCAUUAACACAAGGUCUUGUUCACCUCGACAAGCUUCAAAAGACAUUUCCAUUUCUUAAAGGAGUUUUAAAGAGGAAAGCAAUGAGUCAGCUGGCUACGGGAUAUCUACCAAGUGUCGUGUUAAUAAUAUUUAUGUACAUGGUUCCUCCAAUAAUGUUGCUAUUUUCUACAUUGGAAGGCUCUACCUCUCGUAGUGGUAGGAAGAGGAGUGCAAGCAUAAAAGUUUUGUGCUUCUUCAUCUGGAAUGUUUUCUUUGGUAACAUCCUCUCGGGCUCUGUGAUUGAGAGGUUCAGUAAGAUUUUUAAGGAUGUAAAUUACCUACUUGCAACAGCAGUACCAUCAACGGCCACCUUUUUUAUGACUUAUGUUUUGACAUCAGGCUGGGCAAGUCUAUCAUGUGAACUCAUGCAACCGUUUGGUUUACUCUGCAACUUAUUCUAUAUAUUUAUUCUCAGAAACAAGGAUGUCACUACAUAUGGCACAUUGACUUUUCCAUACCACACAGAAGUUCCGAGGAUCCUUCUAUUUGGGCUUUUUGGCUUUGUGUAUUCCACAUUGUCUCCUUUGAUACUGCCAUUCUUGCUGGUUUAUUUUUCCCUUGCUUACCUUGUAUACCGUAAUCAGAUCCUCAACGUAUAUGUAACAAAAUAUCAAACUGGGGGAACUUAUUGGCCUAUUGUGCACAACGCAACAAUUUUCUCAAUGGUGCUGAUGCAAGUUAUAGCCAUGGCAGUCUUUGGACUAAAAAAGUCUACAGUGGCGUCAAGCUUCGUAAUUCCGCUGAUAAUCAUGACACUCCUUUUCAAUGAGUAUUGCAGGCAAAGGUUUCAACCAUUAUUCAUGCAAAUCCCUGCUCAGAUUCUUAUUGAAAUGGACCGGCAGGAUGAACAAAAUGGGAAAAUGAAAGAGAUCCACCAAAAACUCACAACAUCUUAUACACAGUUUAAAUCCAAAUCCCGCACUCUGGGUGAUCCUAUGCCCCCAAAUAAUAACUGCAGGCUUGAAGACCUAGAAAUUAAUCCAGGGAAAAGCCCUGUCCAUCAUCUCUCUUCUUAAUGGGUUCAACAUACGUUGAAAAUUGGAGAAUCAUUAUCAAGUAUAUGAAUUUCUGGGCAUUUACAUAUUGCUAGUUGUGAUUCUUCUACCUAUUUAUUUUUGGAGGAAAGGCAGACGAUAUCUUGAAUAGAAACUUUUAGUAUACACAGGAGAUAGUUAUUAUAAGCGCUCCUGGAGAAGCAAGAUUUUGAAGUGUUUAGAUUAUCUCUGUCUCACAUAGAGAUGAGAAGAUGGACGUAUUGAGUUUUUGUACAGAUGAUAGUUCCAUGAAUAAUGAAACUCUCUGUUAGAGUAUGAUGUUCUUACAUGUAUAGUUGAGAUACUUACAGGUUAUUCUAUCAGA